AUGGCCCCCCAAACAACAACCCUCACAACAUCCUACACCUCCCCCACAAACGCCCCCUUCGCCAUCGCCGAAUCCAUCCCCGCGCCGCCGCCGACUGCUUCCCUCGACGCGGCCUCGAAAUCGAAAUAUCUCGCAGCGCUACGGGCCUCGGUCGCUUCGGCCCAGGACAAGAUCAACCAGGAGCUCACGGCGCGCAUGAAAGAGGACAAGAAGCGCGAGGAGGCUGCUGGCCUGAAGCACCCCGUGGACGACGAGAAGGAGGAGGAGAAUUACGGCGAGGAGGUCCAAGGAGAAGAAGAUUAA